AUGGCCUCUACAUCGAACCCCGCCCCUGGCGCCGCCAACCCCUCAUCGCGAAAAACAUUCACCGUUGGCACUCGCAAGUCUAAACUUGCCCUUUCGCAAACUGACCUGGUGGUCUCGGCACUUCAAGGGGUUUAUCCUACCUAUGAAUUCAAAAUACACUCGCAGGAAACUGCCGGCGAUUUGAACACUACUAUUGCUUUUCGAGAAUUUACGACGAAGAACCUAUGGACGGAGGAAUUAGAGGAACACUUAAUGGCCGGCAAUGUGGACUUCAUUGUUCACUCAUUAAAAGAUGUACCAACUACCCUACCCCCCGCGUGUACGCUGGGCCCUAUGAUGGAGCGUGAAGAUUCCAGGGAUGUACUGGUCAUCAAGAAAGGGCUACCGAACAUGUCUUUAUCCGAUAUGCCUGCAGGAUCCGUCGUUGGCACCUCUUCCAUCCGCCGUACUGCUCAAUUGGCCUUGAAAUACCCUCACCUAAAGGUUAUUGAUGUGCGUGGAAAUAUCGCUGCCGGUUUACUGAGACUAGGUCUCGAUGAUCGCAUCUCGCAGUACCUUGACUCGAAAAACGGUGGGAUGCUUUAUGCAGUCGGCCAGGGUGCGUUAGGCAUCGAAAUUCGAAAGGAUGAUCAGGUGAUGCGUGAUAUGCUGAACAAUAUUGGUCAUAAUGAGACGACUUUUGCCAGCACCGCGGAGCGGAGCCUGCUACGAACCCUUGAAGGUGGCUGCAGUGCACCACUUGGAGUUGAAACCGAAUGGAUUAAAUCCUCCGAUGGUUCGAAGAAGCUCCGAAUGAGGUCCAUCGUUGUCAGCGUGGAUGGUAAGGAAAGCGCUGAGGUCGAAAUCGAUGGAAAUGUCGACUCCAUUCAAGCUGCUGAGAACUUUGGCGUAACUGUUGCCAAGGAAUUAGUAGUCAAGGGAGCAGGGAAGAUCCUCGAGGAUAUCCAGCGGAAUAAGCAGGCGGCUUAA